AUAAAUAAUUUUUGUUUAAUGACCAAUCAGGAAUUACUGUCAGCUGAUUAGGUGACCCAUUGUAUUAAGAAGCAUUUUGUUGCAAAGUGGCAUUUACGUAACUGCAGUUUUCUUGCUGUCAAAGAGGUGGACACCCAACAGGCAUAAAGUUGAGCCGUUAUGUUUGGGUGGACACCAAAGAGGAGUGACAACUCCAAGUACUAUGAGGUUCUUGGUGUCUCAAAAAGUGCCAGUCAGGAUGAACUUAAGAAGGCAUAUAGGAAAGCUGCUAUAAGAAAUCACCCUGACAAGGGUGGUGACCCCGAGAAAUUCAAGGAGUUGGUUCAGGCAUAUGAAGUUCUAAGUGAUCCAAACAAGAGACACAUUUAUGAUCAGUACGGUGAAGAUGCUCUUAAAGAGGGAAUGGGAACUGGUAGUGGUGGUGUUCACAAUCACUUUGACAUAUUUCACUCAUUCUUUGGUGGGUCUUUUGGUGGUGGCGGCAGCCACUUCAGAGCUAGCAGACAGAAACGAGGUGAAGAUGUAGUGCAUACACUUGGGGUUACUCUGGAAGAUUUGUAUAAUGGCGCCACAAAGAAGCUGUCGCUUUCCCGGAAUAUAUUGUGUCCCAAGUGUAAAGGGAAAGGUUCGAAGAGUGGAGCAUCUGGGGCAUGUUAUGGAUGUCAAGGCACGGGAGUGCGUGUCACAACAAGACAUAUCGCUCCAGGAAUGAUCCAACAGAUGCAACAUGUUUGUCCUCAAUGCCGAGGCUCAGGAGAGUUUAUCAGUGAAAGGGAUAGGUGCCUACAGUGCAACGGAUACAAAGUUACACUAGAAAAGAAGGUGCUUGAAGUGAAUGUUGAGAAAGGAAUGGAAAAUAACCAGGAGAUAACUUUCAAAGGGGAGGCAGAUGAAGCUCCCGAUACCAUCACUGGAGACAUUUUUAUUGUUCUACAACAGAAGGAGCAUCCCAAGUUCAAGACGGAUUUUUCUGAUCUUCAUGUGGAGCACACACUUACUUUGACUGAAGCUCUUUGUGGCUUUCAAUUUGUCCUAACUCAUCUUGAUGGGAGACAGCUUUUAAUCAAAUCAAACCCUGGAGAAGUUAUAAAACCCGAUCAAUGCAAGGCAAUAAAUGGUGAAGGCAUGCCAAAAUUUCGCAUGCAUUUUAUUAAGGGCCGGCUUUAUAUCCAUUUUAAAGUGGUAUUUCCAGAAUCAGGGGUUCUUUCCCCUGAGAAAUGCCGCAGCAUAGAGGCUAUUCUGCCAACAAGCCCAGGGAAGAGCUCAUUGGAAAUGGAGUUGGAUGACUGUGAAGAAACUAUUAUGCAUGAUGUCAACAUAGAGGAAGAAAUGAGGCGCAAGGCGCAGCGACGGCGACAAGAGGCUUAUGACUCGGACAAUGAUGAACCACACAUGCAUGGUGUGGCAUGUAACCAGCAAUAAGUCUGUAAGAUGCUUGUAGUUUUCGUCGGAUCCCAGUAAUAUUUUGCAGCAUAGGUCACUGCCUUUUUGCUUUAGGGAUGAUUAUGAAGGAGUUAGGCUUCCUUAGUUCUGUUUGAUGGUAUGUUAGAUAAUCCUUGCAUAUAAUUGCUCAUUUGGACUUCUGAACUCAACUUCUGUCUGUCCUAUUGUAUCAAGUAAUACAUGAAAUUGAAGCAAAUGUACCAUGAAGAAAAACUUGAAAUUGGAGUAAUACUCUGAUAAAAGACAGUCUUGUGUACCUUUUAUAUUAAUCCAUAGUGAUUAACCUCUGCGCCGAGUGGGCAUAUAUAAGAAAGUUUACUUGCGA